AUGGUGUUCAAUUGGUUCUAUAUCCACAAUAGUUAUCAUCUUAACUAUCUCUGCAUUAAGUAUAGUGGUAUCCAGCGUAUAUUUGAAAAACCAACAUUUGUAUACAAGCUGUACGAAUAUCAUGACAUUCACUUUGGUAGUCGCCUUCUUAAUGUUAGUCUGUACGGAUACACGGAUCGGAUUCUUGUUGGGCCUGGCACCUGUUUAGUAACUGGAUGA